AUGUACCAUACUCAGCGUCGACCUCACGCUGCUGCUCCUCAACAGUAUCAUGGGUUUCCUCCUAGCAUGUCAACACAGCAACCCUAUGCCUCACAACCCAUGGCUGCCAUGGCAGACUCCCUUCCCAACCUAAUGGAUAGACAGCAACCCGUUCCUCUUUCGAUACCCCAAUUAGCCGAGUUCUCAUCGACCAUGGUGUUCUUGAUGUGGCAUGCCAGGAGAUCGUCCGUAAUGGCACUUCACAGUGCAUCGGCAUCAGGAGAAAUUGACACAGCAUCGCCUACGCAUCCCGAUCAGAGCAGAGAAACAGCCAACAUUGCCAACGCUACUAGCAACGGUUUCAAAAAGUUCUGCAGACAGAUAUUACAUGCAACUCAACUUUCCGAAUCAGUCGUGAUGCUUUCACUCAAGUAUAUCGCUAUGCUGUUACAGAACAACCCGCAUAUUCAAGGUGCAGAAGGCUCGGAAUACCGACUGUUUAUCGUCGCACUGAUGCUAGCCAACAAAUUCUUGGACGAUAACACAUUUACCAACAAAACCUGGGCUGACGUUUCGGGCAUGGCAGUGACCGAAUUGAAUAUUAUGGAACUGGAAUUUUUGGACGUGCUCAAUUUCCGAUUGUUUGUGCGUAAAGACGAAUAUAAUCGUUGGAAAGCCGCCUUGAUGAAAUUCAGAAACCAGCUACAAAACGCGAACAUGGCGGAAGAGCAGCAACAGCAUCAACAUAUGAUUGAAAAUACACUCAAGAGUAUGGGACUUUCCAUGCUACAACAGGAUCAGCAAUCACAGUGGACGUCGCAACAACAACAGCAGCAGCAGCAACAACAACAACAACAGGAAGCAGCACGACAACAAGCUGCUUAUCAUCAACAAUACCAACUCUACCUAUUGUCCAAGGCGCAACAACCGCAAUUCCCUACCCAUGUUAACCAACCCUUAGUGCGGGUUCCGUUACGGAUACCGAUGCAGCCGAUAUAUCGACAAACCACACCUACCCAACCUGCAGGCAUUUAUGAUAAUUCAUCCGUGAUCACCAACAAUGGCCGUCCUGCACCCGUACCCGCUUCUGUGCAUCAUCAACAUCAAUCGGCAGUGCAACCGCCACUACCACCUCCUCCAGCUGCAUCACAGUCCCAACCAACGGUAUCCCAACCUAUUCCUCCACCGCCGUCCCAGCAACAGGCAUCAUCACACCAACCUCAGGUGCCAUCCUCAUUACAAUACCCGGGUACAGUGACUUCCUCCAUGGCAUCUGUCAAUCGUACCCCCUCUCCUGCAGACGGCCAUUAUGCUACUCAUUACCGCCCUGCCAUGAAAACGUCGCAACCUCCAUCAUCUCAGCGACUCGCAGCCAGUACCGCACCCAAUCGAGGACAGGUAUACGAUACCUACACUGUGGCCGAACAGCCUCCUACUUAUCAACCGUCCAAUGUAGCGGGCCACCCGCCUGCCGUUCCCGCGCAUGGAUCCACUCAACCAUUUGCUUCGUAUCAGCCAUAUACGCAAAAGCAUGCUCCUCCGACCGCACCACAACCAUCCACAGCCCAAGGCGCGCUUCGCACAUCCUCUUUACCUGGUUCUGCCGGAGCCACACCUGCACGGUCGGGUUUACAAACACCUAAUUCAGUUUACUAUUACGCUACACCAUCAGCUACUCCGACAUCUACCUACGCCGUAAGCGAUCCGAAUAUGGCAGGAUACGGAUACGCCAACGGAAAUCAAUAUGCUCAACCACGAGCGGCCGGGCGAUCAUAUUAUGUAGAUACAGCACAGUCGGCGCAGGCGCCUAUGGCUACACCUAUCUCGUCUACCGAUUAUGGACAUCCAUAUACAAAUCAACCGGUGGUGGCUAGCAACAGUGCCAACGAUAUCUACACGGCACCGCCACAACAACAACAACAACAGCAGCAGCAGCAGCAGCAACAACGGCCUCCUGUUAUGCGAGUAGCAUCGAAUCCCGCUUUUCAGGCGGGACAUUACGAUUAUCCACGUAAACCCUCCAAUCCUAAACCUACUGGCCCUGUACCGGAAGAUCCGCUGACAGCAGCUGAAUCGUACCGUGUCAACAAUUACUGA